AUGGAGCAGUUGGCCUCCGUUGAUGGGUUAUGCGAUCUGGUGGCGAAAACAAUCAGAGCAUCGGAUUCGGUGACCACUUAUCAUAUCAAUCUCUCCGUGUUCACUUCAAUUCCUGAUUUCUGGGGCUUCGGCCAGUUGUUCCCAAUCAUCCCGAUUCACAGGCUGGAAGAAUUUCCAAACAAGAAGGGAGUUCUGUCGGAUUUAACCUGCGACAGCGAAGGGAAGAUCAACAAGUUCAUCGGCGGAGAAUCAAGCUUACCUCUCCAUGAACUGGAAGGUGAGAAUUCCAUGAAAUACUAUCUAGGAAUGUUCUUAGGUGGUGCAUACGAAGAAGCUCUGGGAGGUCUCCACAACCUGUUCGGCGGACCUUCAGUGAUCCGAGUAUCUCAAAUCGACGGCCCACAUGGGUUUGCCGUGACCCGGGCUGUUCCGGGCCCAUCUUGCAGUGACGUCCUCCGGGCCAUGAACCAUGAGCCGGAGGUGAUGUUUGAGACUCUUAAGCACAGAAUCGAGGAGUAUGUUGAUGAUGAAGGUGGCAUGGCUGGAGCUUUAAUCGCGGGUGGAAUUGCAGAAUCUUUCCAUAACAUGCCUUAUUUGAGUGUCGGAUCUUCUUGCUGUUUAACCGCUGCAAAUGGGAUUAACGAGUAUUACUACUCCGGCGAGGGGUUCACUCUCACUGCCGGAGGUGAUGUAGUCUCCGGCGAGGAUGACCAUGAUCAGUGA